AUGGCCCCGAAACCGCGAGGACCUCGCAAGUUCAGUGCCGAGCAGGAGGCGAUAAUUGAUAGGAUAUUCAAGUGGGAUUUGGCGUACAAGACACAUACCUACUACCAUGCCAAGUACCGAACGACCAACGCAGUCAACAAAGCGGCGCAUGCUGAAGCCCUAGAGCUAUUGAAGGUCACCGAGCCCUACAAGAUAUGGGCCAAUCCCCAAACGAAUUCCGACCGUGUUAUUGGUCCCGAAUACUUUGAUGUAGCAGACUACGCUGCUAGUCACCCUCCAGCUGAUGUUAGGGAUCCCGUUGAACGGUGGCUCAUCGUCAUCGUUUUGGAUAUGGCUAUCCAAUGCUACGAGGAGUCGUCUGGUCGCGACGGAUGGGAAUUUCUAACUACCGAAGCCAAAAAUAGGGCUCGGGACUUACUUAUGGCGCAAGAUAUGUUCGAUACAACUCGCUUCUUCGACCGUUCGGUGUCCCCGGCCUCCCCUGACCCAGAGCAAUCAGCGCGGUCGACUUCUUCUGUAGGGCCACAUUUGCUCCUGUGUCAUAUCCGUCUCAAGGACGGUGAGGUAUACGAGGUCGCCGACCACAUUCAUAGCGCCAUGAAUGGCGAUUCAUACGAGCUGCGACUUCUUGGGUCAGAUGUGACAAAGAGGGUGGACGUGGAUGACCUCGAGGAACAGCUUGUACAAGUUGUUUACGAUGAAGAGGAUGAUGCUUCAAUUUAG